CUGCUCAUCUGUUUCACCUUGAGUGCCAUUUGCUUCUUCUCUUCGUAUCCGUCGUUGUGCCAGGUUCAUCUCCAAUUUUCACAAUGGCUGUUAGUCAAGUUCGUCAAAAUUUCCACCAGGAAUGCGAAGCCGCUAUUAACAAGCAGAUCAACAUGGAAUUGUAUGCGUCUUACAUAUAUUCUAGUAUGGCCUGGUACUUUGAUAGAGACGAUGUCGCAUUGCCAGGAUUCCACAAAUUCUUCAAUGCAGCUUCAGUUGAAGAGACAGAGCAUGCCACAGAGCUGAUGAGGUACCAGAACAGGCGUGGUGGCCGCAUCGUGCUUCAAGACAUCCAAAAGCCCAUGAAGGACGAGUGGGGCAGUGGAGUGGAAGCCAUGCAGACUGCACUGGAUAUCGAGAAGAAUGUUAACGAUGCUCUACUUAAGCUACACGCUCUAGCCGAGAAGCACUUUGAUGCCCAUCUCGAUGACUUCAUCGAAGAGAAGUACCUGGAGGAACAAGUUGAAUCCAUCAAGAAGCUUGCUGAUUUCGUCACUAAGCUGAAGAGAGCCGGCCCAGGACUGGGAGAGUACAUGUUCGACAAGGAGGAGCUGCAGGAGGCGGCGACGCUAUCAGGCCAUUAAGCGAGACGGUUAGCUGAAAAAACGGUUUGCUACGAUCCGCCGGAUUGCGUCGUCUACGAAACUUACCCAUAUUAUGGUAUCAUGAAUGAGAGAAACCUGCUUUUACAGGUUUUUGAAACCGUGACGUGAUAGCUCUAUGUAUGUAUAACAUCACCUCGGCAACUUGGCACCGUUACGAUGUAAUUCAAUAUGUGUGAUCGACAUAGUUUAGUGGAAUUGUAGCAUCAUUGUAGGGUGCAGGAUCACUUUUAUUUUUAGAAGCUUAUUCUUCUUGCUCAGUAAUGGGCCCCUGUGCGAAACUCCAUGGAUAAUGCAUAGUGUGAUUUCAUAUAGGGGCAUGCACAUAACCCGGUUGGACCACUGCUAGUCUGCUACCAAGAUAUAGGAAUUAGGUUAGGUGGACAUGUCAAUUGUAAUCUGUAACGUAGGUACGACGCACAAUGGUUAACAUAGUCUUUAUCGGUAAAUAAUGCACAAACACCCACGUUCGUGAAAAUACAUUUGGUUGAUAAUUGACAGCUAUAAAAUUGCUUAUCCAUUAAUAAUCAAAUAUAUAGUAUAUAUUGCUAGGAAUGACGAUGAAGAUCUGGUUUUAUCUACUGUAUAUUCUAUUCCUGGCAAAAAUCAUAUUGAUGGUACAGCUACAGAGCACUUAGUGUUAUAUUUUGUUUCCAAUGUUCAAUUUCAUACAACAUACAUUUCUAGUCUAUAUAUGGAUUGGUUGGUGUAAACUGGAAUGUCUGUUAAUAAAAGGCUGUACACGUUUAA